GAUCCUGAAGGCUCCCUGGCAAGACUCGGGGCGCCUCCGAGCGUCGUGGGCGUGGCCGCGAGCCGUCGCCGCUCAUCUGCGAAGGUGACCAGGGAGGCGGCCGGCGUUGGCAACAACGGUUUCGGGCGCAUCGGGCGCCAGGUGGCCCGCGUCGUCAUGGAGGACCCAGAGACGGAGCUGAAGCUGGCGAACGCGAGCGCGCAUACGGAGUAUCUCAACGACCUAGAGGACUACCUCCACGAGGGGGUCGUGGGGGGCGAGAAGCGCAACUUCCUGUGGAAGAUCGUGCUCUUCGCCCUGCAUUGUGUCCUGGGCGCGCUGUUUGUAGGGAUGAACGACGCGUGGGUAAGCUGCGACAUCGACUUCCUCGAGCACCCUGGGACGCUGUUGGCCACGCGGUACGGCGAGGCCGACGACGUCCAGGACAUGUACGCGAACAUGUCUGACAAUUCAGUGGGAAUCGAUUGCAUGCCUCUCAACUAUACCUACUUUCUGCCGGCUGGGGAGGACCAAUCGCCAUGGAGGGGCAUUCCCAUCAAGGACAAGGCAAACCCGCCGGGCCUGAAGUCUUUGAAGAUCGACUCCGUGGGGAACGGCGUGGUCUUCAGCAGCCCGGGGGUUGCAGGCCAGAGCACGCACGGAGGCCUGCGCACCGAGUGCAUCGACAAGACGUGGAUCAACCGCGUCGACAAAUUCACCAACACUCAAGACAAGCACGGGAAGAUCGACUUCAUCACUGGCUAUAUCAUCGCUGAGGCGGCCAAGGUGGAGGAUAUCAUUUCCAAGCAGAGCGGCAAGGAUGGGCGCGUCUUCCAGGUGCUCGCCAAAGACCGCGCUGGUUCCACAUCUGACUCCGACCGCGUUGAUUUCGUGUCGCGUGAAGCAGAUGAGGACCCUGGGGCGUAUUACCGCCGUGUGUGGGCGCAGGCGCAACAGGCUGCACUUACAGUUUGGCUGAACCAGCGUGGGUGGACGCGCAUCGAGGUUCUGGCGACCCCAUCAACUUCCAACGCUGGCUGGCUCCUCCGGGCGGAUCCGGGAGAGACCCAGCCUAAGAAUGGCAACGCAAAAGUUCCUAGUUGGCAGAUCACGCACGAGGACGCCAACUCGGACACCAGCUACGUCACAGUCACGCGCUUCGUGCCGGACAUGGACAAGACGCUCAAGACAUCUCCGGGACCGGUCGCGAAGGACAUCUCGAAUGGAGGGGGUCUUGCCAAGGAGUUGUGGCAGCAUAUCGAAUUCCUUGCCCCCAACAUCGAAGACACGGACGAGCCACCUACCAACUUUUCAGAGCAUGCGAAGUUGUGCAAAAAGAGGUUCAUCGAUGGCGCAGGCGUUUAUGCCGCCGCAGAGGUGCACCGCCGACAGAUCUUCACCUACGUGGGGCACGACACCGUGGAUGGCCAGCGACAGCGGGGCCAACGCUUCGCAUGGAUCCCGCGGAUGGAAGACGCUAUCAAAGAGGCGGCUGCCCACCCGCCUCUGCACGUUGGUGUCAGGGAUGGCCACUGCGCGGUGCUGUUCCAGAAGGAGUCCAGCCUGCGUGAGACUCUCAAGCGCAGGCCGGCCAAGCAGUCCUUCGUUGACGCAGUCAAGAAAGCUCCGCGUGUUGGGGUAGAGCGGCCCGCCCCGCGCAAGCGCCCGGCGGAACUCUACAAGUGGAUUUGCAAUCUCUGUGGUUGGGUCGGCGCCGAGAGGUGCAUGAUGCGCCUCUCGCGCCGUCGAGCGGACCAUCUUACCAAGAGUCGCACCAUCGAGGAGCGCAAGAAAGCUACAGCCAUCAGGAAGUACUUCACUAUGCCUACGAUCUCAGAGAACAUCCCUGCUGAUCAGCGGGUAUGGUCAUGCUCGCUCUGUACCAAAGGUGCUUCCUCCUUUCCCAAUGCAGCGUGGAAGGCCAAAGCCCUCCGCAAGCACUGGGGAGACGAUCACAAAGACGAGUGCACCUUCCAGCAGUUCACCUACCUGAACAGGUCCAGGAAACACAAGCAGGUGCGUGACGCCGUUGAGCGCAAAAACAAACUCCACCAGUCGAUGCUGCUCCGGGCGCGCCGUCUACUCGGGAAGCAGACGCGUAGCAAAGCAGCCGUCAUCACCACGGGGAAGAGGCGCCCACAGGCCGGCGGCAGCAUCCUAUAUUCUUGUGUCAAGUGCCACAACAUGUGUUUCAACACCGUCUUUGAUUGGAAGGGCCAUCUGUGCAAGCCGUGGUACGGCGAUGCUAGCGGCUGGAGGCGUUCUGAUAAACGUUGCGUUUGGCACGCCAGGCCUGCAGACGAGCGCAAAGACCUCAUUGCAGCGUGGCGGAGCACCGGCGUUCGCCAACCUUCUGAUCAGCAGUGGGGCUCGUUCCUCACGUUCUGCGCGGGCGAGCGCAACCAGAUGUCCAAGAAGAAACCAUCGACUAGGCUGGUGCCCGGGGGCGAGCUCGUCGCGUCUGACGAGAACCUUACUGGGGCCACAUCUUCCAAGCUAGACGUGAACCUCCUGCCGCAGGAGGCCAUCAAAAUCCGCAUCGGCACCAUCAACCUCGCCAGCUGGUGGCGCCACCGGGAUGCUGCACUGAGUGCGGCCACGGAGCUGGGCGUCGACAUUCUUGCGUGCCAGGAGUCCCGCAUCAACGAGUACCAGAUGGCCUCCCAGAUCGCCGAGUGUACCAAAUCUGGUUGGCACAUGCUCCCGGGCGCUCGCUUCCCUGGAGGCGACGCUUCUGUCUACACCGUGCACCGCAACGACACGUUCUUCUGGCUCGUCAACCUGCGCCGCCGGAGCACUGCGGACAUGGACGCCACAGAUGACUUCAAGACAUGGUUGUUGGAACAAGCCGCAGCCGUACCAGCCUGCGACACUGUUGUUUUCGCUGGCGACUGGAAUGUUGAGGCCGACUCGCCUUUCAGCGUCGAGUUCGACACGACUCUCAAUUUUCGCUUCUUGGUUCCUCCGGAGGCCACUCGAUGGACAGGGCCCCGGAUCGAGGCCAUCGACUACUUCGCUAUCCGUGCAGAUUGGGCGCCUCUCGCAUCCUCGGUGUUCUGUGCGUCACAUCACAUUUCGGAUCAUAAGCUCGCAUUGCUGGACAUGCCCAUGCUCGUGGACAAGUUCCUCAGCACAGGUGACAGGCAGCCCUACCAUUGGGCCAAGCUACGCCGGUACCUACGACCGGACACUUUCAAGAAUGAUGAAGUGAAAAUGGCGGCUUGGCUGGAUACGGCGGAGCUGUUCUGGAAUGACAAUAUGGGGAAUUAUGACAGACAUACUGGGAUGGAGGAGUAUGGCGACAUGGACUCAUGGUGGCAGGCGUGGUCAGAGGCAUCUGAGGCCUGCUUGCAGCACAUGCUCGUCCUCAACCCCCCGACCACUAUGCCGAAAGGCGACUGGAAACACAAAUGCCGAGUGAUAGAAAAACCUGAACUUGGGGGCGGCCCUGCAUCCAAGACUAGCUGCGUUGAGGACCGGCUCCGACGCUUCAUCCAGGUCGCCCGGGGGCUUGGCCUGAAGUGGCAGCGGGGCCUCGCCACUGAAGCAGGCAUGCUUGCCAGUGGCCCUGGGCUGACCGGCGCCCGCAAGCAGAAACUCGACCAGGCGCAUCAGCGUCUCCAGCGCGAAUUGGAUGUCUCCCGGAUGGAGAGGAUCUCGGCAUGGAAGCGCCGCGUGAAGAUCGACCCCGGCGGCUCUGCUGUAUACAAGUGGAUCCGAGGAGCACAGUGGCGGCCAACGGACGCAGCGGUCAGAAUCAAGGAUGAGCUUUUCACUGGCGCUGGGGCUGCACAUGCCGCCCGUGAACACUACCAGCAGCAUUAUCAGGCCUGUGGGAAUGGCAACAGGAUCAACGACUUCAUGCACGAGUUCUGGGAGGAGCUCGACACCUUCAAGAGCAGGAUCGCCGCCAGGGUCCAGGCGGAGAGCGCAUGGACGGAGCCGACUGGGGUUCCGGAUCGUCUCCCACUAUUUGGGGUCAAUGAGCUCAGGCGCGCCCUCAAGCCCAUGAGGGGCAAGGCUUGCGGCGUUGACGGCUGGUCUGCCGAUGAGGCCCUUCUGCUGCCGGACUCGGCCCUCGAAUCUCUCAUCAAUUGUUUUGCUGAGAUCGAAGAGGGCGCCCGACCGCCGACCGACUGGUUUGAAGUGGCGCCAAAUCCAUAUCCCGAGGGGCAGCGGACGCGGCUCCCCAGAGGUCAUGCUGAGCUCCACGUGGCUUUGUGGGACUUCGAGUCUGCGUUUGAUCGCGUCGACGCCAUGCUCACGACUGACAUAUUCGAGUACCUUGGGGAGAUGAAGGUGCUUGGGAUCAAGUUGACCCUCCACGGCAAGCCCAGCACUGAGGACGAGGCCCCUGCGGUCCGGAUCCUUCAGCAGCGAUGCCGGCGCAUUCGUUCACUACCAUUCCCGUGGUGGCAGAAAAGAAGAUUGAUGCCCUGUGCUUACGCCCGGCUGCUCUGGGUAGCUGAGCGGUCGCCUCCAGGUAAGAUCAAGAUCCAGAAGUGGCAGUCCUACAUCGACCACGCCGUCCUCGGAGGUGGCGCAGCAUCUGGUGCGGCUUGCACUUCGGCGUUCGUGGUGGGACGCAAGGACUCGCUGCUGGCCGCGUCCGCGCGGGUCAGCUUCGCCCCGCAGUCCCUGGCGCUGCUUCACGAUCUAAUCAAGAACGAUCUUGGGAGUCAUGCGAUGGCUGUUCUCACGGGUGCUGUUUGGAGCACUGCCAAGUAUGACAAGAUCCUCAACGGGGCUGUUGCUCCUCGUUGUCACAGGCAGUACUUCCAGUACAUACCCGUCCGGGACAACAACUACCACUAUCUUCACCCCUCCGGGGGUGAUGGUCCCCUCGGGACCUGCCUAGGCAUCUGCCUGGGUUCGUGCAGCGCGCACGCGGAGCAUCUCGCGUACCAGAUGAAGUACGACUCGAUCCACGGCAUGUACGACGGAACGGUCGAGGUCGACGGGGGCUCCUCGGUGAUCGACGGCCACAAGGUGGCACUGUCGCACACCCGUGAUCCGACAGAGAUCCCCUUCAAGGAGCACGGUGCGGACUACGUCCGCGAGUCCACCGGCGUGUUCCUGGCGGAUGAGAAGAUCCAGCCGCGCCUCAAGGCGGGCGCGAAGAAGGUCGUGUUCUCGGCCCCGGCUAAGGACGGCAGCCACACCAUAGUGAUGGGCGUGCGCCAGGACGCCUACAAGAGUGACAUGGACUGCGUCUCGGGCACUUCGUGCACCACCAACGGCCUCGCCCCCACGGUGAAGGCUGUCAACGACGCUUUCGGCAUCAAGCGGGGCCUGAUGACCACCAUCCACGCCAUGACCGCGGCUCAGCCAACCGUGGACGGGGCGUCGAAGAAGGACUGGCAUGGUGGGCGCGCGGCGUCGGGCAACAUCACCCCGUCCUCGACGGGGGCGGCCAUGGCGGUGGCCAGGGUCGUGCCAGAGGUGGCCGGCAAGCUCGCCGGCAUGGCUGUCCGCGUGCCCACCAUCGACGCGGCGGUCGUGGACCUCCCUUGCGAGCUGGGGAAGGCGAUGACCUACGAGGAGCUCUGCGCCGAGAUCAAGAGGCGUUCGGAGGGCGACAUGAAGGGUUUCCUGGGCUACUGCGACGUGGCACUCGUGUCCACCGACUUCGAGACGUGCCCCGUCUCCAGCGCGUUCGAUUUCAAGGCGGGCAUCAUGCUGGACCGCACGUUCGUGAAGCUCGUGGCUUGGUACGACAACGAGUGGGGCUACUCGUGCCGCGUCGUUGACCUGAUCAAGCCACAGUGGCACCGCCGACCGUCGACGAAACCCCUGGUGCGGGCGCGGUUCGUCCGCGUGGUCUGGGAGUGGUUCUCGGCGCUUCUGGCGCUGGGCUACGGCAUGGCGCAGCCUG